ACAAAAUGGUUACAAAUCUUUAAUUUUGCACGUUUCAGUCAAACAAGUUUGAGUUAAUAACAAAAAGGCCAAUCAGUCCACUUCUAUCCUAAAAUUCGUUAAUUUUUUCCAAUCAAAAUGACAUGUCAUUAAAAAUAUUAAUAAAAAAUUAUAUGACCAUCUGAAUCAACUUGCACAACCCUAACCGGUUCACUAGCUUUGUAGCUACCUAGCCGUACACUAACACACACUCCCUUCCUCUCUUGUACCCUUCAUCCAUCCGACCGUCGUGGUUUCUCUCUGUCCUAUACCAAUUGCCAGGUCGCCGCCGCUCUACUCCAUUACACCGUAUGUUCCAACUUCCAAUCGCUGCUCUACUCCAAAAAUCGGGCAUUCACCACGGUGAUGUCGUCUUGCUCGUCCUUCCAAUUCAAAUCACUUAUGCGUCAUCUUCCUCGUCGUCCUAUAUGUCGGUGGCAUCGUCACCAUAAUGAACCCUCUCGCGACCUUCGUGGAGAUCCACAAUUGCAUUGUCGAUUGCGGUGUCCGUUUGGGAUUCCGUGCACCAGAGAGAGGUACGGCUCUGUAGGAUUCCCCUCUCGGGAUUUCGUUCGUCGCCGUCUCCGAAUUGUUUUCUGAUUCCUCCUUAUUUGAUGCCUCCCAACGCACUCACAACUCAAUCCCAAUUGAUUGCUGGUGUGGGUCUUCUGUUCGGCUGAAUUUUUUCUUUUUCCGCCGGUGUUUGCAGGGUGUUGAGUGUUGACGCAGUUGAAUUCUCCGUCUUCGUGCACAGUUCCACCCCUGGGUUCCAACUCAACGAAUCCACCUCCAAAUCCCGUUACUUAUACGGUCGACAACUAAACACUUCUAAAAAAAAUCCUGGCAAAGAAGGAGUUCGAGGCCGAAGGCGUCGGGAGGAGAGGCUAGGGUGCUCGAUUGGUAGUUGGAACCCGACGAUUGGUAUGGGAGAGAGAGAAACCACGACGCUCAUACGGAAGGGAGUGAGUGUUAGCGUAAAGCUGGGUGGCUACAGAACUAGUGAACCGGUUAGGGUUGUGUGGGUUGAUUCGGAUGAUUGUAUAAUUUUUUUAUUAAUAUUGUAAUGACGUGUCCUGCUGACUGGACAAAACUAAUGGAUUUUUGGACGAGAAUGGACUGAUCGAUCUUUUUAUUAUUCACUCAAACUUGUUUUACUAAAAUGUACAAAAUUAAAGGUUUGUGACCAUUUUAUCCAAAGUGAAUAGGUUUGUGACCAUUUAUAAUAACUACAUUGUCAAUCCGGUUUAGCCCCUUGGCCCGGUCGAGCACGUGGUUUGAGGGUUAAUGGUCCAACUGUUUCCGCUCGGAUAAAAAAAGUCAUUAUGUUGUUUAUACAUUUAUAAAUUAUAUCAAAUCUCAUAUAAUAACACAUAACAUCACACCAAAUGUGUUUGGGAUCAACUUAUAGUGAAAAUUCAGACAUAUUUAUAUAACAUCAAUAUUCAAAUAUUCAACUUAGACCUCCAAUCCGUCACCUUGCAGUGAUCGACCCGAUAGGUGUGUGAUCCGUUUUUUGUACCGGAUCAGGGUCAAAAUUGGGUCAACCAACGGGUCCACCUCGUGUUUACAACCUUGUAACUACCCACAAUUUAGUCUAAAAUUGUCACUUACUCCAAUCUUUUUGCCAAAACAGGUAUUAACCGAAAUUAAAAUGACAAGGUUGCAAGUUCUGAAAUUUGGAGACGCCGGCUUCAAGUUCUCCUAAACCCUAUAACCUCUGCCUGUCCUGCUGGCUGCUGGGGCGCGAACAGUGGAUGAAACGUCGAAGGGAAGAUGGGAACCGGACGGAGAUUCAGCAGCGGCGGGGGAAGCGGAGGGAGAAACCAGAGAAUACUCAGACAACAUGUUGAAUCGUGCAGGAGCAAGUACUCCACCGCCGACGAUAUCGUCCACCAUCUCCGGCAACAAAACCCUAACUACCGUCGCAUGGAGCAGCGACUUCUAACUCGACUCGUCCACCAAAUCAUCGACUCUCCUUCGUCGCCAUCCACUGGCCGGCCUAAAAAAUUCGGAAAACAGCCUGCGGAAGAUGAGGAAGGCGAUUAUGACGAAGGGAGUGCUUCUGUCAGUGGCAGAAAGAAGAAGAAGAAGAUGCAGUUUGACGUGAGCGAUGAAUCGCAGUCGGAGUCUCAAUCGACGCCAUCGUCUAUGUCGGAGGACGAGGUUUAUGAGGAGCCGGUGGAGCCCGAGUUCGAUCUGAUGAGAUCGAUGCUGCGAAACAGUUACGCUCCGGAGAAGAACAUUGAGGUUGAGGUAGCUACUAGUUCUAAAGACAAGAUUGCUGUGGCAAAUGGAGGUAAAAGGAAAGGAGAAAGAGGGGGGAAACUUGGGGCUAAAGCUUUAAGCAGUGAUAAUAUGGAGGUGAAGGGAAAGGAAGGGCCGAGGUUUAAGGAUUUUGGUGGGUUGAAGAAAGUGUUGGAAGAUUUAGAAACUGAGGUUCUGAUGCCACUCUUCCAUCCCCAUUUGAUGCGACGCCUUGGUGUGAAGCCGAUAAGUGGGAUUUUGCUCCAUGGUCCACCAGGUUGUGGAAAGACUAAGUUAGCUCAUGCCAUUGCCAAUGAGACUGGAGUCCCAUUCUUCAAAAUUUCAGCUACCGAAGCAGUCUCUGGUGUGUCAGGUGCAUCGGAGGAAUAUAUCCGAGAUCUUUUCUCUAAAGCAUAUAGGUCUGCACCAUCGAUCAUUUUCAUUGAUGAGAUUGAUGCAAUUGGUUCGAAAAGGGAAAAUCUACAGAGAGAGAUGGAGCGGAGAAUCGUGACUCAAUUGAUGACUUGCAUGGACGAAUACCAUAAACUCGUGCAACCAGCUGAUGAGACUUCGAAGGCAGAAAGCUCUGAGCAGAGAGCUGGAUAUGUUCUGGUAAUUGGAGCUACCAAUAGGCCUGAUGCCAUUGAUUCUGCACUAAGAAGGCCUGGAAGGUUUGAUCGGGAGAUUAUGUUAGGGGUCCCAGAUGAGGAUGCUAGGGCUCACAUUCUUUCUGUGCUUACCAAAAAGUGCACUCUUGAGGGCUCAUUGGAUCUUUUGCAAAUUGCUAAGCUUACUCCUGGCUUUGUGGGAGCUGAUUUAGAUGCUCUUGUUGGCAAAGCAGGCAACCUUGCCUUGAGAAGAAUCGCUGCACUGAGGAAAUCGAUGUUAUUAUCUGAAGAACCUAGGGAUGGGAAAAUUGAGGAAUGGUGGAGAACACCUUGGUCAGAGGAGGAUAUGGAAAAGUUUGCCAUCACAAUGAGUGAUUUUGAGCUUGCAUCAAAGAUGGUUCAGCCGUCAUUGACAAGAGAGGGGUUCUCUUCUGUUCCAAAUUUAACAUGGGAUGAAGUUGGAGGACUUGAUAACGUCAGGAAUGAGUUGAAGAAUUAUGUAGUCCAAUGCAUUAAAAAUCCAAAGCUUUAUGAGCAUUUUGGAGUGACGUCAAAGACAGGAAUUUUGCUUUUCGGUCCUCCAGGUUGUGGCAAGACAUUAAUGGCCAAAGCUGCUGCUAAUGAAGCAGAGGCUAACUUUAUUCACGUCAAGGGUCCUGAGCUUCUUAAUAAAUAUGUUGGAGAAAGUGAGCUGGAAGUUCGAAAGCUAUUUACCCGUGCAAGGCAUUGCUCACCAUGUAUUAUCUUCUUUGAUGAGGUGGAUGCCUUGACAACAACCCGUGGAAGGGAAGGUGGGUGGGUUGUGGAGCGGCCUCUAAACCAGUUGCUUAUAGAGUUAGAUGGUGCAGACCAGCGGCAAGGUGUUUUUGUGAUUGGUGCAACUAAUAGGCCUGAGGUUAUAGACCCUGCUAUCUUGAGGCCCGGCAGAUUGGGUAACCAUGUCUUGGUUCCUCUGCCAAGUGCAGAGGAUCGCGGGCUGAUUUUGAAGGCUCUUGCUAGGGGGAAACCUAUUGAUCCAAACGUAGACUUCACAGAAAUUGGGAAGAGGAAAGCUUGUGAACAUUUAAGCGGAGCAGAUCUCAAUAAGCUGAUGGAGGAUGCUGCAAUGAUUGCUCUUCAGGAGGUGAGGAGAAGCGGGGAUCCAGAUGAGGAGAAGAUGCUCCUCCGCACAAUCCAACCCUGUCAUUUCGAUCGGGCACUGGAAAAGAUCUCUCCAUCUGUGACGGGCAGGCAAGUGCAGUUUUACGAGGCAUGGUCGAAACAAUCCAGCGGAACAUCAUAGCAUUGCGAGGUGCUCUACUUAUUUUGGCCAUUUGGUAUAGUCGAUUAUUAUCCCUUUGUUAAGCUAUGUGAGCUCCAGGAUAACGUCCCGUUGGCCUUUUUAUAGAGCGACUGUGUUGAGCAGCUGCAUUGCAAUUUUGGUUGAUUUAUUGGGCCAUGUUUCUACCAUCUGGUUGGGCCUGUGUAUCUCGAACAGGACAUAUAUCAGUAGGCUGGGUCCAUGAAUGUCUGUGGAUGUGUGUGGAAGGAGCGGAAGGAGCUUUAUAAUGAAAGGAGGAGAAUACGAGUGAAUGUUUCAGCUGAGAAUUCAGUAGGCUUUCGUGGUGACCUGUGUGUUAUUGAUAAACUGGGAUUCGGAUG